UGUAGCGAUAUACGGACAAAAGUGCGUGCACCAAAAAGUAUUCGCAUUCACGCACAAUUAAUGUCUUCGAAAACUCUGUCUAUUUUAAAACGAUAACAACAAAAAAUAAUCGACUUGUGCGUUUUCGUUACGAUAUGAUUACCUUUAUUUCGAGUUUGAUUCUCAGACUGUUCGGCUCCGUGUACGUAUUGUACGCGACGGUCUUUCUGUCGAUCGCCUAUUACUUUUCAACGUGCACUCACGAUAAAUGGCGCAAACUGAAUGUGCCCUACACGCCGCCCUUACCACUGUUUGGCAACUCGAUGAAAAUGAUUUUGACCUUGGAGCACCCGAUAGACUUUUUCGGCGGUAUUUACGACCGAUUCUCGGGAGAAAAGCUUUGCGGUUUCUACCAAAUGACCACGCCGUUCCUGAUGAUUCGCGAUCCGGAGCUGAUCGACAGUAUAAUGGUCAAAGACUUCUCAUACUUCACAGACCACGGUGUAGAGACUGAUCCAUCUAUCAACAUCUUGGCAAACAGUCUGUUCUUGUUGAACGGUGAUCGGUGGAGAACGAUGCGACGGAAGCUCAGUCCCGGGUUCACAUCGGGCAAACUGAAAGAUACGCAUGAACAAAUCAAGGGAUGCAUUGACCAACUUAUGAACGCCAUCGAGGACAAGUUGAAAACUCGGGACCACUUCGAACUACGAGAGAUAGUUGGUAAUUUCGCGACGGACGUCAUUGGCGCAUCGGCUUUCGGUUUGAAAUUGGACACGAUAAAAAACGGAAAUUCGGACUUCCGCAAGUUCGGCAAGAAAGUAUUCCAGGCAAACUUAAAACAACUCUUUAUCCAAGCUCUAGUGAUGCUCUGGCCAAAGCUGGUGCUUACUCUAAAACUGCAACAGUUUCCGGAAGAAGCAUCUGAAUUUUAUGUAUCUGUGUUCAGGGAAGUCCUCGAGUACAGGAGCCAGAACAACAUCAUCAGGAACGACGUCACGCAAACCCUGAUAAAAGCUAGGAAAGAUUUGGUGUUAGAUAACGACGGCGAUGACUCGACGUCUAAAAACAAAUGGACCGAAAUGGACAUAAUCGGGAACGCGAUAUUAAUGUUUGUCGCUGGUUCCGAAACAGUUUCUAUCUUGAUAUGCUUUUGCUUGUACGAGUUGGCGUUGAACAGAGACGUCCAAGAUAGACUGCGCGAAGAGAUCGUGACGACGAAAGCGAAACACGGUGGACAGCUGAACAGCGACUUUUUAACUGAUCUCCGUUACAUAAACAUGGUUAUAGAAGAAGUAUCGCGCAUAUAUUCCAUCACCUUAAUCAUACUCAGACAAGCAACAAAGAAUUAUAAAGUACCCGGUCAGUCGUUAGUCAUUGAAAAGGGACAAAAGAUCGUCAUACCAAUACGCGCCUUACAUCACGAUCCAAAAUACUACCCCAACCCCAACACUUUUGAUCCUGAAAGAUUUUCGGCGGAAGAAAAAUCUAAACGACCUAACGGUACUUUCAUACCGUUUGGCGACGGACCGAGAUUGUGCAUAGGUAAACGGUUGGCGGAAUUAGAAAUUAAAUUUGUUCUAACGGAAAUAUUGUUGAAAUAUAAAGUCUUACCGUGUGAAAAAACGGAAAUACCUAUCAACAUACGAGGUCCUGGAAAUCUCAUAAAUCCGAAAAACGGCAUUUGGUUAAACUUUAAACCGAUCGUUGUGACUUAGCAUUAGCAUAUAACAAUAAUAACAUGCAUAUUGAAAUGUCUGUUUUUUCCAAUAUUAUAUAAUAAUACUAUUAUUAAAAUUACAAAAUACGCUACUAUUCAAUAUAACAAACCCAUGUAUAAUUUUGCAUAUUAUUUGUUUUUUGAAUAAUUAAAUCAUAUAGCAGUAAAUAACAUAAUAUAAGUACCAACUAUUGGAUUAGAUGACGCAAAUCGAGUGUGACUCUAACACUACUUCUAUCGUAGAUUUAAAAUAAUUAUAUUUUUAU